GUGUUAGUUUCUGUUUCUUUGUGUAUUUGGAAUUAUAACCUUCUGAAAGUUUCAGUCGGAAAAUGCGUAUAAGGAAAUUAAUGAUUUUUUAUUUUGCUGUAGUAACUUUAAAAUUGCUUUUAGGGACAAAAUCUACUGAUGAUUUAAAACGAGAAACAUGGACUGGAACCCCUUUAGAGAAACAAAUGACAUCUGAAAGAGAUACGAACGAUGCAGGAGAUGCCAACGCCAGACGAAUGAAAUCUCUAGAAAAAGCAUGCAGACAUCUAGGGUAUACGGACGAUAAUUAUACAAUAGCUAUUCGUGCACAUAUGUCUCCAAAUUACAAAUGUCUUUAUUGCCGUAUCAAUAAAUGCGCUUCUACUACGACUCUUGAAAUAAUGAAACAAAUUUUUAACUGUGAUACCGACUGUUUGGUCAAAAUGGCAUCAAUAGUUAGGUCAAAUGUGAAUGCAAGUAAAAUAAUGAAAGAUGCUUUUUCAUUUAUGGUGGUUCGUGAGCCGUACGGGCGGUUGUUUUCAACCUACUGUAAUAUCUUUUAUUUUCCGAAAGAAGACUGGAUUUACAGGGGAACUAAGAUUAUAAAAUUAUCAAGGUCGAAUAUUUCCUCCGAUAGUCUUAACUUUGGACACGACUUAACUUUUUCAGAGUUAAUAAGGUAUAUUGUUGAAUCAUUUGAAAGCGGUCACCAUUUAGAUGAACAUGUCAGACCGAUGCACCAUAAAUCAUGUAAUCCGUGUUUAUUCCAUUUUGAUUACAUCGCGCACUUAGAGACACUGAAUAAAGACUUUGAAUAUAUUUUAAAGACUAUCAACAAUAGAAAGAUAAUACAAAAUUACCCCGAAGACAUUGUGUCAUCUCUUAGAGAAUGGACACUUUACGGACCUGUAAAGCAUUUAUUUCGAACCAUAUUGCUUGUUAAAGGAUCUAGUAUCUCACACUACAACAUAUUUCUUAGAGCAUGGAGUUAUUAUCAAAUAACAGGACAAGUUUCAAAAACCAUAGAUUUCCCAUACAGCAAGGAAGAUAUAAAAUUGAUUACGAAAGACGACUUUCUUCGAGCAUUAAAAACUGCUAUUGAGUCGUCUAGAACAGAAGGUAACGAUCUUAACAAUCAGAGACAUGAAGCCAUGCUUCAAGCAUAUUCUACAGUCUCUCCUGAAUACAUGGAAAGAUUACGAAAAGUAGUAGCAACUGACUGUUUUUUGUUCAGUUAUGAAGAGAGACCAGAUAAUUUAUUUAACAGAAGAAGAUUGUUAUUAAAUAAAAGCUAUAAUGCAUUUAACUUUUUCAAAGGUCUUUAGAUGAGACAACAAUAGUGUUUCCCUCCGACUUUGUGUAAUAGCAAUAAAGCAAUUACACUACACUGAAUAUUCAUAAGUCUUACAGAUCAAGUACAAUUUUCUAUAAAUAUAUUACAGAACUAUCGCACGUUUCUUGAUCUGAAAAAAAUGACAUUAUAGUUUAACUGUAAUAAACAUUAAUCCUGUACGCAGAGAACUUCUAAUUAUAACUCAUGUAUGAAUUUAUUGUUCCAGAUCAUAUAAUAUUACAUUAUAUAAUAUUCUAAUUAUUACUCACUAAUUUGCCGCCCGCUUAGCUCAGUAAGUAAGAGCGUUGGUCUACGGAUCUCAGUGUCGCGAGUUCGAUCCUGCAUCUUCUUCAGCCUCUUUAUAGAUAAAUGUAGCUUGCUUGAACAACUCUAGUAAAUACUUAUCCUCCGCAUUUACUAGCUAAAGUAUCGAUGAUUAUUUGCAAUUUUUUUAGAUAAUUCUAGAAGAACUAUAAAAACUCUUUACAACAAUGAUUUAAAAUUACAGAUUUCACCAAUUAAAUCACAUUUUCUUAGAAAAUACAACAUUUAAACAGGUGCUACAUGUGAUAUUUCAUUCAAUCUCUAAAUGUCAUUCAAAAAUAUGUAUUCUCUGUUCCAAUCUUAAUUGUAACUCGACAAUAUGGUCUACUGUUAAUAAUAGAAAUUUUAAUUUGAAUAUUCAUUCAGACAUUUUUUUGAAAUUCCGCUGAUGAAAUCUAUGUUCUUACAUGAAAUGCCCAUAAUUGUGGUAUACAAUAUGUUUGGCAAACGAAACGACCUCCAAACCAAAUUUUGGAAAACUGUUACAAAAUGUGUAAUGAGAAUAAAUUUCUAAAUUUCGUGUACAGUCAUUUUUGUUAAACUGAACUUUCUGUU